AUGGCUUCGUUGCCACAACUACCGCCCGAAUGCAGCCUUUUCGUAGCCACACCGCAAACAGUUCAUCUGAGAUCGCUGGCCGCUGGUAACAGAAUUCUAUUCGAGUGCGAGACGCCCAAUGGCGUUGUCAAUGCGAAAGCUUCGAGGGACAAUAGUAGCCUGAUUGCGAUUGCGGAUAGCCAGGUCGUCAUAUUACACGACACGAAACGCGGCAGUGAUCGGGAAUAUAAGCUGCAAAAGAGCGACGGAGAACCACGGCUGCUACUGUUCUCACCAGAUUCGCGUAUCCUCUACUUCACGACUACCCUGAGCACGUCUGUUCAAGCCUACUCUAUUCCUACAGCAGAACUCCUCCCAUCUUUACCGCCGCAUCCUUCGCCCCCAAACACUCUUGCCAUUUCACACAAUGGCCAUGUCCUUAUCUCGGCUUCGCCAGUGCCACCCACCAUAUACCUCCAGGACCGACGCUGGGGAGCCAGCGCACCAGUGAUGUUUCAGCCGACUGAUGCCCGCUCGCCCGUCACCUGCGCUGCCUUUCAGAGCCGCGAGGAGGACUCGCAGCCAUCCUAUACCAACUUUGUGCUGGGCUUCCAGGACGGCGCUCUAGCCUUGUACCGGCUCUUCCUCCCACAUGCCACGGACAAUGGCAAGCAGUCACAUGUACGCCACACGCGGGCCUUCCAACUCCAGCCGGUCCGUGUGGGGGCGAUCAGGAAGCUGCAUAAAGCAGUCAUGGGGGGUAUGACGGCCGCCGAGUUCCUGCCGGGCUACAAGUCACGAGUCCUCAGUAUCGGACAGGAUGGCAAGUCGACGUCGAUAUCCAUCCUGGCCAGUGGACCGGUGGGCUCAAGGGGUCGGACAGACGACGAUGUGCUGUUGGGCGGUGAUGCGACGGAGGAGGCGAAGAGGGCGUAUGAUGGUGUGGAAACACUGAUUGCUGUUGGUACACGAGCGGGCAAGGUGUUGGUGUUCAAUGUGCUGGGUUUGCUUAGACAUGAGGUCGUGUUGGAGGCACCGGUCAUGACUAUCGAGUGGGUGGGUGACAUGUCCACGCCAUCAGUGCUACCGAAGCGAAUUCCUUCCCUGCCGCUAGAGCCUGGUACGGCUAUGGGUGACUUGAUGGGAGAUGGAGAGAUGUCAUCGGACGAAGACAUGGGUACGGUCAAGAAGACAGAGUCACCGUGGAAACAUGGCGGCAGGGCCGUACUCCCAUUUGGAAGCCCAAGAGAUCUCUUCUCCGAGCAGCCUGAAUCGCGCGUAUUGCGACCUAGCCUUAGACCGUCGGAUAUCACGACAGGCUCACCCUUAUGCAGGGAGCAUCCGAGGCGGAAAUCAUUACUCCGACCACGUAUCGCUACCGAAACCUUCACCUCGCCGCAACACGUGUCUUUUGCCUUGUUGGACAAGAUACCUUUGACAAAUCCAAAUCCAUCUCAUCUUCCCACUCCAACGCAACACCAGCACCAACAGCAGAUUAGAAGCCAGAAACACCCAUCACCGCCCUCCCCACCUCUCCCCUCACCAUCCCCAUCCCCAACCCUCAUUCCCCAAACAUCCCCCCUCCCAGCCCAAGACUCCGACCUCUCCGACACUGAAUACUUCACCCCACCUUGCACCACCCAACGCCACAAACUCCCAAAACCACGUGUCCCCGCCCGUCCCCAUCGUUUCCAACACACACCUCCGCACUCAGCGAACCCCGCGCCCACGCCUUUUACACCGACGCUGCAGAGUGAGACGGCAAAUGUGCCACCACCAUUGCUCGCGGGAUCCCGCCGAAUCAGUCUGGGACGUGAGGAUGCGCCGCGAACGCCUGGCGAGGGAGUCUGGGGCACGGAGAGAUUUUCUUCGCAGUGUGUGAAUGGGGACGGGGACGGGUGUUUGGAUACCUGGCCGUCGUUGUCAUUGUCGAAGCUGGAUUCACGGCUGGAUGCUCCUUUUUCUGGCGACUUUACUUUUACGUCGCUUGGUUGUGUUUCGUCGACACCGCGUCCACUGCAUCCACUGCAUCCACUGCACGCACAGCACCGAAACAGGACCCCGGAUGAACUCGCCCAUCUGCGGGAAGAGGUUGCGGCGCUCAAGUUUGAGAUGCGUGCACUGAGGGGGGAGGUGCGUGGGUGGAUGGGGAGGGUGGAUGGGAACGGAUAG